AUGCGUCCUGUUACCCUUACUCGAGGAGCAAGGCUCAAUUGCCUCAGGCCUCGCGCUAUAAAUGGACCAUCAAGGCGGUACCUGACUCUGCUAAGCCCUCCCAAGUUCGAAAAUGAAAAGAUGGCGAGUAAAGCUAAACUGAACUAUGCCAAAGGCUCUCCAGAAAGAGUCGAAUUGACCAAGACUAUCAAGAAACUCAAGGGACAAUUCCCAUUCACUAUUCCUAUCACUAUUAAUGGCUCAGAGGUUACCACGAAGGAAUCUCGCUCCCAACCAAACCCUUCAAAACAUAGUGAGAUUGUUGCAAACUACGCCUCUGCCACCCCAGAGCAAGUCAAUGCAUCCAUCGAUGCAGCCCUCAAUGCAAAGCCCGCAUGGGAAGCUACCCCAUUCGAAGACCGUGCCGCGAUCUUCUUUCGAGCCUCCGAACUCAUCACCGGUAAAUACCGCUCAGAGAUCGUUGCAGCUACAAUGCUUGGCCAAGGAAAGAACAUUUGGCAAGCCGAGAUUGAUGCUGCUGCCGAGACGGCCGAUUUCUUCCGCCACUACAUCCAAGAGGCGUGGGCGUUGUACUCCCAGCAACCCAAAGUCCACCUCGAUGGAAACUGGAACAAGAUGGAGUACCGCCCGCUUGAGGGCUUCACAUACGCCAUUGCUCCUUUUAACUUCACCGCACUCGGUGCAACGCUUAUUGGACCUGCUGCAUUGCUUGGCAAUGUCGUUAUUUGGAAGCCUUCCGACUCAGCGCUGCAUGCUAGCUGGCUCCUUCAUCAUAUUUUGCUUGAAGCCGGCUUGCCUAAGGAUGUUGUUCAGUUUUUGCCCGGUGAUGCCGAGCAAAUCACCAACACUAUUCUUAAGAGACCCGAGUUUGGAGCCCUGACAUUCAUUGGCGCCACUGCUACGUUCAAGGGCAUUCAGAAGAAGAUCGGCGAUGGCGUUGGCGCCGGUAUCUAUAACUCCUACCCUCGAGUGGUCGGCGAGACCGGUGGUAAGAACUGGGGUGUCGUCCACCCAUCCGCAGAUGUGAAGAGCGCGGCUUUAAAUACCAUUCGAGCAGCCUUCGAAUACCAAGGUCAGAAGUGUUCUGCCAACUCGCGUGUUUAUGUUGCGGAGUCUGUUUGGCCCGAGUUCAAAAAGGUCCUGGCAGAAGAGACCGCAGCUCUCAAGGUGGGAGAUGUCGAAGACUAUGGCAAUUUUAUCAACCCAGUUAUUCACGAGCGUUCAUUUGACAAGCUCAACAAGUUCAUCGAGGAAGCAAAGAGUGACCCGGAGCUGGACCUUAUCGUUGGCGGAAAGGCUUCUAAGGCAGAGGGCUAUUACGUGCACCCCACCGUCUAUCAGACCUCCAACCCUCACCACAAGAUUUUGUCUGAGGAGCUGUUUGGACCCAUUCUUGGCAUCUAUGUUUACCCAGAUGCUGAAUGGGAGCAAACGUUGAAGCUGGUUGACACAACCUCUCGCUAUGCAUUGACUGGGAGUAUCUUCGCUAAGGAUCCUUAUGUCAGCCGCCAGGCGCAGACUAUUCUCAAGCACGCUGCUGGCAUGCUCUAUUUAAAUACAAAGUGCACCGGCUCGACUGUGGCUCAGCAGCCGUUUGGUGGUAGCCGCGACUCGGGUACAAACGACAAGACCGGCACUAUGGCUCACCUGCAGCGAUUCGUUAGCACUCGCACAAUCAAGGAGGAGUUUGUGCCUCUGGAAAAGGUCACAUAUCCUUCGAAUGAGGUUUAA